CCAUAAACCUCACCGCAUGUCACAUGUAUAUAUGUAUGUAUGUAUGUAUAGAAUUUGUAAAGAAUCAGUUCUAACAUUAUUGUGUAACUUAUGAUGAGAGUGGUCAAAGUGCAACAUAGACAUUGGAACAGUUGGAAUAUGUACUUUAUUUUAAAGGCCAUUUGAUAUUCUUUUGAUUCAUAGUCAUAGUUAAAAAUUACUGUAUAUUUUAUUUGUAAUGUAAUUUUUUUAACAAAUAAUAAGGUGUGGAAUCACCAGCCAUGUUUUCUAGAUGACUUAUUUUAAAUUGGCUGUUAUGUUGCAACAUUUGGUUCUUUUCUGGUACGUAGAUUCUUUUUACAAGGACAACCAUGUAAAUUGUAAAUAGCUUCAAAAUAAAUGAUAAAAAUCUCAUUCAAAACUGUCAACUUACUGUUGCUACACUUAUUUUACCCAACAAUUAAAUCUUUCAGUAAAUUAAAUAAUUAUUUGAACCCAUGUUUAUUUCAUUUAAAUGCAGCUGCAACUCAGAAUAACAGCAUACCUACCUAUUUACUAUUAAGAAAUGUAAAAGUCUAAAUUAUAGUCAAAAUUAAAUAAUUGCAAUCAAAAGAUAUAUUUCUGAUUAUUCCUCUUUGAACAGAGCGUGGAUCACACUUCUUGCAAGCCUCAUUGUAUUGAGGUGGGGCUAAGAUGAGCAUAACCAGCGAUGAAGUGAAUUUCUUGGUUUAUCGUUACCUCCAGGAGUCAGGUUUCUCCCAUUCCGCCUUUACAUUUGGAAUAGAGAGUCAUAUUAGCCAAUCCAACAUCAAUGGAACACUAGUGCCACCUGCUGCCCUUAUCUCUAUACUUCAGAAAGGCCUACAAUAUGUUGAAGCAGAGAUAAGCAUCAAUGAGGAUGGUACAGUGUUUGAUGGCAGACCUAUAGAGUCAUUAUCUUUGAUAGAUGCAGUAAUGCCUGAUGUAGUGCAAACUCGGCAGCAGGCUUUCAGGGAGAAAUUAGCACAGCAGCAAGCUAGUGCAGCAGCAGCUGUAGCUACAACAGCAACAGCAGACACAACUACUACAACAGUCACAACAACAACUAUUGCUGUCCCACAGCAAAAUACACCAAAGACUGGAGAAGCCACUGUGAAUGGAGAGGAGAAUGGGGCGCAUGCAAUAAAUAAUCACUCAAAACCAAUGGAAAUCGAUGGGGAUGUUGAAAUUCCUUCUAAUAAAGCAACAGUUCUUCGGGGUCAUGAAUCAGAGGUGUUCAUCUGUGCCUGGAAUCCUGUCAGUGAUCUACUAGCAUCAGGAUCUGGUGAUUCCACUGCCAGAAUAUGGAAUCUUAAUGAAGGCAACAAUGGUAGUUCCACGCAACUAGUUUUGAGGCACUGUAUAAGAGAAGGAGGGCAUGAUGUUCCCAGCAAUAAAGAUGUAACAUCACUAGACUGGAAUAAUGAGGUCAAUGCAAUUAAAUGGGAUCCUUCUGGUAUGCUUCUAGCAUCCUGCUCAGAUGAUAUGACGUUAAAGAUUUGGAGUAUGAAGCAAGACACUUGUGUACAUGACCUUCAAGCACAUAACAAAGAGAUUUAUACUAUCAAAUGGAGUCCAACAGGGCCAGGUACCAGCAACCCAAACUGCAACAUUAUGUUGGCAAGUGCUUCAUUUGAUUCUACUGUUCGGUUGUGGGAUGUAGAAAGAGGUAUCUGCACUCACACGUUAACAAAACAUCAAGAACCUGUCUACAGUGUAGCUUUUAGUCCUGAUGGAAAAUAUUUAGCAAGUGGAUCUUUCGACAAAUGUGUUCAUAUAUGGAACACCCAGAGUGGGACUCUAGUACAUAGCUACAGAGGCACCGGUGGAAUAUUUGAAGUCUGCUGGAAUGCUAGAGGAGACAAAGUCGGAGCCAGUGCUUCAGAUGGAUCGGUGUGUGUUCUAGACCUGCGAAAAUAAAUAUUUUAGAAGAAACUGCAAAUGGACCAGCAUUGAAUGUGGAGGUGGAAGCACUCUUCAAACAUACUUUUAACAUCUCUGGAAUGGCAAAAACUGGGGGAAAUAAACAGAAGCAGAACUAAACAAAUAAUGCAUUUCUCCCAGGCAAAAGGAGCUUGCAAUGUUUUGUUCACCAGCCUUCACCAAGGUUUUAAAACAGAAUCACUUAGGGAGGGGGGAUUUUUCCACUAUGAACUUACAGCCUUUGGAGGCAGCAAGAAGAUGACCAUCAACAGCUAAACCUGCUGUUUGCUGGGGUCAGAUCUCUGAAACCUCAUUUUGACAGCUGCUAAAAAGAAGACAAAAAGCUGUGCCAAAAACAAUAACAAUUAAAAGGAAAACAAAAUCUACGAAGCAAAAUGCUUUGAUAAACCAAAAUGGGAAAAAGUUCUCCUCCAUAUGGUAUUGCAUUGUUUUUCUUUCUAGUUUGGACACUAUAAUUGCUCUCCCAAAGGACGUUCAAAAACCAGUUUGUAUUGAUGAUACACUCAAAUUUGUAAUCCCAACACUUUGUAUUUUCUAGACUACUGUUAUUUGUUCAGUGAUUUUUUUCUUAUCAGCUGGAAUGUUACAGCCUUGACAAUAACAGGCAUAGGUUCAAACUGAAUGUUUUUUUUCUUUCUUUCUCUUUCUUUCUUUCUUUCUUUCUCUCUCCCUUUUUUUCUUUCUAUCUUCUCUUCACCAACUUUUUGCUCUGUUCUUUCCAUUUGUGCCUAGUUAAUGCAAAGGGCAGAUGGGCAUCAUUAGUGACGGCUUCUGUUUUCCAUUUCUUCUCUUCACUCCUCCCCCCAUCUUUUCUCUUUUCUUUAUCCUUUGAUUCUGCUACUUCUUUAAUGUUUCCAUGCUUCAGAUCUUGAAAUCUGAAGGGCACUUUCAAAAAAUUGUGUAUUAAGUGCUUUAGGUGCUGGAAAAGCUUUUUACAGAAGAAAGAUUACUUUUUAAAAAAAGAAAGAGCCCCAUGUAUUUUUUGAAUAAGAAAUAAAGAUCGUAGUAUUUUUAUGUUAAAACACAAUUUUAGAAACUUAAAAUAUCUAACAUAUGUGGAUUGGAUUGUACUCCAUCAUUUAAAA